UGUAGACACCCUCUUCUGCUGCCUCCCACAAGCUUCCUCAGAGAAGAGAUUAGCUCCAUUUUGUGGUCUCAUUUGUGAGGUCCUUUUGGUUUUGCAGAUUGCUGGUUUUUUUCCCUGCUAUUUGGCCACAAAGAAGGAGUUUCUCUUGACUUCUGUUUAGUUUUAUGAGUUCUUUGAUUUUGGAAGGCUUGCUCUGUUCUUUGAUUUUUCUUGUUUCCCCCCUUUUCCUUCCAUUUGAGUUGGUUAUUGGUACACUUGGCACUUGGUUGUGUACCAAGAACAAAUCAAAUUCUGCAUAAUUUCUCCUUGAUCAUAAAUAUUUUCUUUAAUCUUUUUGGUGUGUCACAAGGUUUGAGAGGCUGUUCAUGAUCAGCUUCAAGAAUCAAACAUACUCACCCUUCCAGCAUUUUCUGAUCAAUUCUUGAUCCAAGAAAACCAUUCACAAUCCAUCAUCCACUGAUCCACAAAGAAUCAACCAAAGUGCAGUUCUUGAUCAGAACGCGCUGUCUCCUGCCUCCGUGAGAGCAAUGGCGCCGCCGCUGGCCGCCACGGCGACGGGCAGGAGGGCGGCGCUGGCGCUGGUGCUGGUGGCUGCGGCGUGCAUGGCGCGGCGGUCGGAGGGCAUCGGCGUGAACUGGGGCACGCAGCUGAGCCACCCGCUGCCGGCGAGCACGGUGGUGCAGCUGCUCAGGGACAACGGGUUCGAUCGGGUGAAGCUGUUCGACGCCGAGGACGGCAUCCUGACGGCGCUGAGGGGGUCGGGGAUCCAGGUGAUGGUCGGCAUCCCCAACGACAUGCUCGCCGACCUCGCCGCCGGCGCCAAGGCCGCCGAGGACUGGGUCGCCAAGAACGUCUCCAAGCACGUCAACAACGGCGUCGACAUAAGGUACGUGGCCGUCGGGAACGAGCCGUUCCUGGAGACGUUCAACGGCACGUACCUGAACACGACGUUCCCGGCGAUGCAGAGCGUGCAGGCGGCGCUGGUGAAGGCCGGGCUCGCCGGGCAGGUGAAGGUGACGGUGCCGCUGAACGCCGACGUGUACCAGUCGCCGACGGGGAGGCCGUCGGACGGCGACUUCCGCGGCGACAUCCACGGGCUGAUGCUGACGAUCGUGGAGUUCCUCGCGGCGACGGGGGCGCCGUUCGUGGCGAACGUGUACCCGUUCAUCAGCCUGUACAGGGACCCGAACUUCCCGCUCGACUACGCCUUCUUCGAGGGCUCGUCGGCGCCGGUGGUGGACGGCGGCGUGACGUACCAGAACACGUUCGACGCCAACCACGACACGCUGGUGGCGGCGCUGCGGCGGAACGGGUACCCGAACGUGUCCGUCGUCGUCGGCGAGGUCGGGUGGCCGACGGACGGCGAUGCCAACGCGAACCCACAGUACGCGCGGCAGUUCAACCAGGGGUUCCUCACCCACAUCGCCUCCGGCCGCGGCACGCCGCUCCGGCCGGGCCCCGUCGACGCCUACCUGUUCAGCCUCAUCGACGAGGACCAGAAGAGCAUCGAGCCGGGCAACUUCGAGCGCCACUGGGGCGUCUUCUACUACGACGGCAAGCCCAAGUACCCGCUCAGCCUCCGCGGCGGCGGCGGCGGCGGCGACAACGGCAGCGCGCUGACGCCGGCGAAGGGGGUCGUCUACCUCGACCGGAAGUGGUGCGUCCUCAAGCCGUCCGUCAGCCUCGCCGACCAGAAGGUCGGCGACGCCGUGAGCUACGCGUGCGGCCUCGCCGACUGCACCAGCCUCGGGUACAAGACCUCCUGCGGCGGCCUCGACGCCAAGGGCAACGUGUCCUACGCCCUCAACAGCUACUACCAGGCCAACGACCAGGACGACCGCGCCUGCGACUUCAGGGGCAUCGCCACCACCACCACCGUCGACCCCUCCGCCGGCUCCUGCCGCUUCAUCGUCGAGAUCGCGCCCACCACCAGCGCGGCGGCCGCGCCGACGACGAGGCUCGCCGCCGUCCUCGCCGCGUUCAUAUGCAUGUACUUGUUGCCCAUGCUCUGACUUUGACUUAGAUAUAUAAUCGGCCAUAUCGAUCGUUACCAUCAUGU